CGUUGCAAAACGUUGCGAAACAUUUUGAGAUUGAACUCGUCCCAUGGUUCUGUCAACGUAGUAACGUUAACGGUGCACAAUCAACCCAGACCGACAACCGUUGACACGACUCUUGUCAAAAAUAACCAUAACAGAUCGGCAAUCCAUUUCAAGAAAAUGAUUCCAGAGUUGUCCAACCCCUCGGUGUGUAUGAGAGACCCUCAGAAGGUACAGGAGAUCCUGCAGUCCAUGGUGAGAGCUGGCUCCAACACCGUACAGGUGAUCUCAGAUUUUGACAUGACCCUGACAAGAUUUGCAUACAAUGGCAAAAGGUGUCCUACCUGCCACAAUAUUCUUGACGACAGCAAACUUAUCUCCAGUGACUGCAAAGAAAAGCUGAAGGAGCUGCUCAACACAUACUACCCUAUAGAGAUCGACUCUUCACGGUCAGCAGAGGAAAAGCUGCCCCUUAUGGUGGAGUGGUGGACUAAAGCCCAUGAACUACUAGUACAGCAAGAGAUUAGGAAAGACCUGUUGGCUGUGGCUGUGCGGGAGUCUGAUGCCAUGCUGAGGGACGGCUACAAGCUCUUUUUUGACCACCUCAAUGAGCACAGCAUCCCUCUGCUAAUCUUCUCUGCUGGAAUAGGAGACAUCCUAGAAGAGGUUAUUCGCCAGGCUGGGAUCUUCCACCCCAACGUCAAAGUCUUCUCCAACUACAUGGACUUUGAUGAGUCUGGAGUGUUGAGGGCUUUCAAGGGAGAGCUGAUCCACGUCUACAAUAAAAGGGAGGGCGCGCUUCUCAACACCGGCCAUUUCCAGGAGCUGCGGACGCGGCCUAACGUGCUACUACUGGGAGACUCUCUGGGAGAUCUGACCAUGGCUGACGGGGUGCAGGACAUGGAAAACAUCCUCAAGAUCGGGUUCCUGAAUGACAAGGUGGAAGAGCGGAAGCAGUCCUACUUGGACACAUAUGACAUUGUGCUGGUAAAAGAUGAGACCUUGGAUGUCCCUAAUGCUAUACUGCUCUACCUCACUGGCAAUAAGUAACCUGAGAAAGUUUUUUUGGUGGGGGGGUUCACAACAAAUGUGUCAUUAUUCUUCUUUAAUUUACAAAAUGAAUCGUUGACAGCCGCACCUCAGGCACGCCACAUCUCCCUUUUAUAUCUUUGUCCACCGGUCUUCCUCUCGCGUUUAUAGUUAAACUGCUUUGGGACCAUAACUGUAUGUGAUGAUUGAUCUGAUUCUGAAAGCCAGAUUUGUUCUCUGUGUACCUACUGUGCAGCGGGUUGGUAUGGGUUUGUUUCAGGGAAAGGCCUGUUGAGAGUUUUGGUCUUCAUAUAGGAUGUAAUGAUAAAGGGAAAGAAAAACGCACAACAGAAAUGUCAGCACUUGACUGAAUUUUAACCUGAAACCUGAAGUUUUAAAAAAUAGUAACAAAACAAAUAUUUUAUGUCUUCAGGUUCUGGUCAAGCAUGUCUUUUUUUUAUGGAAACUAGUGUUUUAACACCUCAGUGCUACUUUGUGGUUAACUAUGACAAAAACACAAAUAUGUAGUAACUUUCUUAAAGUAAGAACUAACUGCUACCUCAGUGUUACAAAAAAAACCAAUGUAGGAUUUUUGAUAUUUGGUUAGUACUUAUUAUACCUUCACAGUCAUUGUAGCUGUACGGUUUUGGAAAAGCUGAUUCUUACUUUCUGCAAGGCAACAAACAAAAGUUUCCAAAACCUUUAUAACUGAGGAUUAACAUUAUUUUCUUCUUUUGACCGAGCACAUCACCUCUUCAUAUGUUCCAACUUGUCUCAAGUAAAAUGUGGUUUCAUCUGUUGCUUUGUCACAGUUGUCCUAUUUCAUUAACCUGAUUUUAAUGAAUAAAAAAUGUCUUCAAU